GUAGGAAAUCGCGUAACUUUGACAUCACGAGAUCAACAUGGAAGGUGCGACGAUACCAAGAAUGACUUAGUGUAUUUCGCGUAAAGUGAAGACGGGAUGAAUCGCCCUCCGCUCCUUUGUUUCACAGUUGUAGAUCGCCAGAUGUUUAAAAUGGUUGUCGAAUGCGCUUUCGUUGCCACCGCGUCUAUGCAUUGAGUUUUUAUAUGUAACUCAUAAACCAGUCUUCUUUUCUUGGCCGCGAAGGGUUUUCGCCUUCCAGCUCUUUUUUACUACCGUGAACACGGGUCUUGUGAAACGUGACUUGUGCCCGCUCAACGGUGUCUCCUUGCUAGUUACGACGGAGCGAUGUGUCAAAGUCAUGCACCAGUAGGACGCAGAAGUACUAAGCUGUGUUAAAAGACUCUUAGCUUUUGUUCUUCCGUUAUCAGGUACUCCGUCACUUUCUUCUCCUUUGCCCAACACUGCGCUUCGGCUCCAGUCGCUUUCGGAUCGAUGCAUGGAUAGAACAUAAGACGCCACGGUGCAUGUGUAUUCCGAUGUAUGGUUCCUCUGUUUCAUUCCCCUUCGUGGGGCAUUUGCCUGUACUACAUGUUUGGUGCAUUUUGCGUGUAACUUGCUUUGUGGCUACGUAGGGGUCUGGAUUUGUUGUCAACUCGGCAAGUGAUGCUGAGCUAUUUCUCACUGGUAUUCAGUCAGGUGAUGAAACGCAUGGCUGAGCACUCUGUCCUCUCCAAAAAUAUCUCGUUCAUCUUGGUAGUAUUGAUUGCGAGACUCACCUGUAUCUUGAGCGAUGUCAGCCAUGGGGUGUUGGGAUACUGAGCCAAAGACCACGUGAUACUAGGCGCUUUUCGCCGAACCAGUUUUUCCAUAAAGAAGCCAUGGCCACCAGAAGCAAAACCUGCGCUGUGAGGCUCGACAUUAGACUCUUCACAGUUUUCUGUCACUGCAAUGCGCCAUGGAAACUCUAUACUAGCUGCCGGAUUUGGAGUAUACAUGCUUCAUCUGCGGAGCUAUGUUGCGGCUGUACAGAAACCGGAGCAGGAUAGUUCCGAAUCGUUCUCUUAUUUCAACCUCUUUCAAUAUCUGUCGAAACUCCAAUGUGUCUCCUCGCUUUGCAAAUACUAGCGUGCAUACACCACCAGGGUCGGCCUGGACUGCCAGCUUCAGCGACGUCUCACGUGAACGUUCCUAGUCACGAGCCUACGGGGGCCAUGUUGUCCAUGGAGUUCUUGCUUUAGGCCGUACUACUUUUUUCAAGCACGAAUCUCUUCAGUGAAGCCUCCCUCAUGUUUUCCGAAAUCGUCUUGACCUUUUAAGACUCCGCUCGCAGUUUAAAACUGAGGUCGUAAGGGACCGUUAAUUUCGUCAUGUUUAUUUCUGUUGCUACCGGCGGACCGAGGCUGGCCCGGAAUGAAGGCGCAGAACUUCGUGUUUCUGGGAUGCGUAUAUAGCGCGUCGCUUUCUCGAAGGAGAGGGAUACCCACAUGGAUUGAUUUCCUUUAUUUGAUACUUGUUGGUGCUUUGUGUCUUCUCGCUCGCUUGCAGUCACACUGCUCGAAGACUCCUGAUCUUGGAAGACACGCAUCUGUUCACAGUCAGUCGCCGACCAGACUUUCUCUACUCUUCGCCCCGCAUUGCAGUACUGAACAGCUUUUGCCUAAGGAUCCAUGUGCACCUCCACCUCUGGAUGUGUGGCCCCGUGUGCAUCAGCGCCAGCAAUUACCUUCCACCAUAUCACGGAGUCAUCGAUAUCCAGUAGAGGACUCCAGUGGCGCGCCGUGCGACGGAUUCGAAGCAGUAUUUUUCACGAGAAAGGGGUGUCGAGUAUCAAGCACCACUACGAAGUCUCUUUCAGCACCUCAUCUACGAGUUGUUCCUCGUGCUGAAGGAAAUCUCGCCUUCUUUUCUUCCUGUAGCGUGCCUGACUGUUUCUCCACUGGUCCGUAUUUACACAACGUAGGAUGCUUAAGGUUGAGCUCACUCUCGCGGCCACAGCAUUCUUGUGGCGGAUGGAGUUGGUUGCAGUCGCCUCCGAGUUGUUACGUGUCACUCUUUCGGAGCACAAGCGGACACACGGGGUUCGUUCCUACCUUGCUAGAGGGGUCUCAACCGAGGCCACCUGUGACAUCUCAGCACCACGGCAAGUCGAAGGAUUUUCGAGACGUCCGGCAUUCCGCAGCAAGCGGACGUCUCUUAGCUACCUUAGAUGCUGACGGGCUUUUUGCUGCAGCAGAUGAGGAGCCAAAAGUGGACCCUUUGCAGAAGUUACAGGAAGAGGGUCAUCUCCGGGGCUCCGGCAGAAUGCUCCACUCCGCUGAGGCAAGUGAGAAGUCGUUCAGCAGUUGCAGAGGAGAAGGCCUAUUAGACCGCCGUGUCUGGGCCCGAAGGCUUUCUGAAUUUGGCACCAAUGUCGAAGAAGUUGUCGAGCAAUGUGUGAAAGGCGGCGGGAAAGGAGGCCAAAAAGUCAACAAGACAAACAGCUGCGUGGUAAUUGUUCACCUGACUCGGGGUCUCGUCAUUCGAUGCCAGCACAGCAGGUCCCAGAGAAAAAACAGGAUUAUGGCUCGCGAGCUUCUCCUUAAGAAGCUCCAGGAAAGUAUCCGUCAACAGCAUCAACAAAGCCGUGACGCCGAAGAGAAACAGAGGCGGCGCAACCGCCAACCGACGGAGGCACAAAAGGCCCGCGUGCGGGCCGAGAAGCAGCGCCAUUCCGACAGAAAAGAACAACGACGGAGGAUUUCCUCAUUCGAUGAGGAAAUGAAACAAGAGGGCACGUUACAUCCAUGGAACAAGGAGACGUAGCGGCGGCGACAAGACCUCCGUCUUUACUCGCAGAAGGAAACGCGAAAGGCGUAGCGCCACCCUCUUUUCGGGUUCGGGGGACGGACUGAGCGCGUGAAGCAUAGUCACUAUUAUGUAUGGCAGAGUGCAUUCCAGGAGCUCCCCUUCGCAACGGUGAAGGCUCUCGGGGGAAGAAGCGUUCACCUGCCAUUGAACCUGCGACAGAACGCUGUUGUGGUUGCUGCCGCUUCUCAGGGCACCCGCGAGCCGUUGUAGUCCUGCUGCAGGCCUCC